AUGCAUGCUAGAGGCAGCAUGAUGGUGCGAUGCGACCUCUGCAACUUCGACGCCUGCACAGGUUGCGUCAAGGGCCAGGCGCAGAAUGCGAGUGUGCAGCCCUUGGCGCGCAGUGAGGCGCCAGUUCUGGUGCCUGCGAGCCAGCCGGCCACCCUUGCCCAGAGCCCUGACUCGCGAGGCCAAAACAUCAGCGAGUGGCCGGCAAUCCCUGAGGACGAGGUCCAAGAGGCGGCGGAGCCGUCGCCCUCGGCAGCUUCGGGGCCAGAGGUGGGAGGAUGGGACCCCGCCAGCCCCAAGCUGGAGAACCUGCCACAGUUCACGAGCUUUCACAUCAAAAGAUGA